AGCGCCAAGCUUUUGGGAGCCUGGCCCGCCGCCGCCUCGGAAGGGCUCUUCUUACCUUCUGCCCGGGCACCUUCCCGCCCGGCGCCGCGGUGGGGUCUUCCGCUCUUAGGGGUCCCGGGCGCCCUAACCGUGCCCUGCGCGGCCACAGCGGUUUCUCCCUCGCUCUGACACCCGAGGGCCAGUCCCGGGUCCCUGCCAGGACCCGGGUUUGUACGACCCUUUACCUGCACGUGGGCCGCGGGGACUGAAGCGGGGUGUGCCCCGGCCCACUCCUCCCAGACCCUCGUCGCCCUCGGCCGCUGUCCCUCCCACGGCCUGGGACGUGCCCCAGCGCCCCCACCCCCCACUUUUGGAUAUGUCCCCGGCUCCCGCCUCGAGCCGACAUCCACAUCCUGCGCCCCGACCCCCGGGGUCUCCGAAUCUGGAGGCGCUUUCCUCUUGUGCACGCGGCCCCUCCUGUCGCUUCCUUCCUCUGACAGCGAGCCACAAACAGCCGGGACCAUCCGGGGCCCGGCCCGGGGAGGGCACAGCCUCCCCUGACCCAUGUGUCCCUCAGACACUCCUCCCACCCCCGAUUGUUCUCCCUUUUGGACAAACGGCUCUGCCUUCCAGGCGCCGGGAUGCGGUCCCAGGGCAGGAGACCGUUGCCCGCAUGUGACCUCGGGCGCGCGCGUGUCGGGGGUCGGGGGAACUGCGCCUGCAAUGGGCGUUCAUGGCCCCUGGUACCCGUCUGAGAGGGAGAGGAGUGAUGUGCGGAGAGGUCGCCUGAGGCCCGCCCCGGCCCAGUGCCUUCCUCUCGCUGCAGCCAGGCAGGGUUCUGUCAGGAAAGCCUGGAUUAGCGAACAUGAAAACUCUCCCACCAUGUCGCGGAAUGGAUACUUCGAGGAUUCAAGCUACUACAAGUGUGACACAGAUGACAGCUGUGAUGCCCGAGAGGACAUCCUGGGGGAUGAGGGCUUUGACACCGUCAACUCCUCCAUUGCGUCUGGCGAGAGCAUCCGUUUUUUUGUCAACGUCGACCUGGAGAUGCAGGCCGCCAACGCUGCAGAGAAUGAAGCGACUUCUGGUGGCUGCGUGCUCCUGCACACCUCCCGCAAGUACCUGAAGUUAAAGAACUUCAAGGAAGAGAUCCGUGCCCACCGCGACCUAGAUGGCUUCCUGGCACAGGCCAGCAUCAUCCUGGACGAGCCGGCCACCUCCCUGGAUAAUGUGCUGCGGGCUAUGCUUCGCCGCUUUGCCCAGGACCCUGACGACGCGGAGCCCAACUGCAACCUGGACCUGCUCAUGGCCAUGCUCUUCACCGACGCCGGGGCGCCCAUGCAGGGUAAAGUCCACCUGCUGUCAGAUACCAUUCAAGGGGUCACCGCCACAGUCACAGGGGUGCAGUACCAGCAGUCAUGGCUCUGCAUCAUCUGCACCAUGAAGGCCCUACAGAAGCGGCACGUGUGCAUCAGCCGCCUGGUUCGCCCACAGAACUGGGGGGAGAAUUCCUGUGAGGUUCGGUUCGUCAUCUUGGUGCUGGCCCCACCCAAGAUGAAAAGCACUAAGACCGCGAUGGAGGUGGCGCGCACAUUUGCCACCAUGUUCUCGGAUAUUGCCUUCCGCCAGAAGCUCCUACAGACCCACACAGAGGAGGAAUUCAAGGAGGCCUUGGUGCAACAGAGACAGCUGCUCACCAUGGUGAGCCACGGCCCAGUGGCGCUGAGAAUGAAGGAACACAACACAGUCUCCCUCCCUGCCCACAGACACCAUGAGCCCCCGAAGUGCAAGGACUUUGUCCCUUUCGGGAAGGGCAUCCGGGAGGACAUUGCACGCAGGUUCCCCUUAUACCCCCUAGACUUCACUGACGGCAUUAUCGGGAAAAACAAGGCUGUGGGCAAAUACAUCACCACCACCCUGUUCCUCUACUUUGCCUGCCUCCUGCCCACCAUCGCUUUUGGGUCCCUCAAUGACGAGAACACAAAAGGGGCCAUCGACGUGCAGAAGACCAUAGCCGGGCAGAGCAUCGGAGGCCUGCUCUACGCGCUCUUCUCCGGGCAGCCGCUGGUGAUUCUGCUGACCACCGCGCCCCUGGCGCUCUACAUCCAGGUGAUUCGUGUCAUCUGUGAUGACUACAACCUGGACUUCAACUCCUUCUACGCAUGGACGGGCCUGUGGAACAGUUUCUUCCUCACACUUUAUGCCUUUCUCAACCUCAGCCUGGUCAUGAGUCUCUUCAAGAGGUCGACAGAGGAGAUCAUUGCCCUCUUCAUUUCCAUCACGUUCGUGCUGGAUGCUGUCAAGGGCAUGGUCAAAAUCUUCUGGAAGUACUACUAUGGGCAUCACUUGGACAACUACCACUCAAAAAGGACUCCAUCCCUGAUCAGCCUGUCAGGCCUUGGCACCAGCCUCAACGCCAGCUUCCACACUGCCCUCAACGCCAGCUUUCUGGCCAGCCCCACAGAGCUGUCCUCGGCCACGCACUCAGGCCAGGCGACCGCCGUGCUCAGCCUCCUCAUCAUGCUGGGCACGCUCUGGCUGGGCUACACCUUGUACCAGUUCAAGAAGAGCCCCUACCUGCACCCCUGCGUACGCGAGAUCCUGUCCGACUGCGCCCUGCCCAUCGCAGUGCUCGUCUUCUCCCUCAUCAGCUCCCACGGCUUCCGGGAAAUCGAGAUGAGCAAGUUCCGCUACAAUCCCAGCGAGAGCCUGUUUGCGAUGGCGCAGAUCCAGUCGCUGUCCCUGAGGGCCAUCAGCAGCGCCAUGGGCCUUGGCUUCCUGCUGUCCAUGCUUUUCUUUAUCGAGCAGAACUUGGUGGCCGCCUUGGUGAAUGCACCGGAGAACAGGCUGGUGAAGGGCACUGCCUACCACUGGGACCUCCUGCUCCUCGCCAUCAUCAACACGGGGCUGUCUCUGUUUGGGCUGCCCUGGAUCCAUGCCGCCUACCCCCACUCUCCGCUGCACGUGCGGGCCCUGGCCUUAGUGGAGGAGCGCGUGGAGAAUGGGCACAUCUAUGAGACGAUUGUGAACGUGAAGGAGACGCGGCUGACCUCGCUGGGCGCCAGCAUCCUGGUGGGACUGUCCCUGCUGCUGCUGCCUGUCCCACUGCAGUGGAUCCCCAAGCCUGUGCUCUACGGCCUCUUUCUCUACAUCGCACUCACCUCCCUUGAUGGCAACCAGCUAGUCCAGCGUGUGGCCCUGCUGCUCAAGGAGCAGACCGCGUACCCCCCAACACACUACAUCCGGAGGGUGCCCCAGAGGAAGAUCCACUACUUCACGGGCUUGCAGGUGCUGCAGCUGCUGCUGCUGUGUGCCUUCGGCAUGAGCUCCCUGCCCUACAUGAAGAUGAUCUUUCCUCUCAUCAUGAUCACCAUGAUCCCCAUCCGUUAUCUCCUGCUGCCCCGAAUCAUUGAAGCCAAGUACUUGGAUGUCAUGGAUGCUGAGCACAGGCCUUGACUGACAGGCCCUGGCCACACCCCAUUCGCCAGUCCCCAACAUGCUCCCAGGCUGGCUCUGGGACUGUGAGGGGAGUUGUGGGUGUGUGGGUGGCUGCUCUGUGCUCCGGUCUCUCAUGGCUGACUCAGGCCUGGGGCAUCUGGGCAUUGUAGGGGUGCAGUGGUGUGUGCCUGCCCCCUCCCAUUAUCCUUUAGCUUUGGGUCAGGAGCGUUGCUCAGGGCAGCUUCUGCCCAGGGUGGGUGGGACUGAGCAGGAUGGAUUUUCUUUUGAUAAAAGAGUCGAUGCCUGAAAGAGAAACCAUUUCCUUGAUUGUGUAAGGAACUUGCUGUAGGCACACUAGAGAAUAAAGCUCCUGUUUCUAGG